UGCUGGCUCACUUGCAUGAAAUAAGGCCACCACCUCAAAUAGCCUUAUUUCAGCAAGACAGGAAAUGGGAUGUGUAAAGAGUAAUUCUGUAAUUCUUGAUUCUUAGCGGUAUCUGACCAAAUUACAUUAAGAAAAAUGUGUAAAAUCUCAACUGAAAAUAUUCCACUGUAUUCAUUGAUUGGGUAAAAAGCGCUCUGGUAAGAAGUACAGUAUACAGAAGUACAAAAAUACCCAACUUUCAGACAUUCUAUGUUGGGACAAAGGAGCUUUACAUGGUUAAAUAAUGUGCGUGCGUGUCGCUAAUUUCCCUCAAAGGGAAAUACGACAUGAGGCAACACUGCAAGGAAAAGGAAAUAAAAGGCAUAGCUUUGUGAUGUCACAGGACAGAAUGUCUGCUAACAAUUACGUCUGUUGUUCUACAUCCUCGAGACGCUUUUACUUUCUUGCGCAAAACAUGCUGUCCAACCACAGCUCUGCUUCUUUAAGCCAUUACUGUCCGCUGUGUUCUGUCGGAUGAAUCACAGGCCCUGAAGGCACUCAAGCCGUCUCGCAAUGCGAUCACAAAGAGACUGCGUGACAAACAACCAGCUUGUAAUUUUUCAGUGGGUUAUACAGUGGAUAAAGGAAGUGAAUACACCCCGGUUUAAAAAACACAUCACUUUUUGUCCUGCUUUUGUUGGGUGCUCAAUCACUCAGUGCGCGGCUGUGCGUCCCCGACUAAUUUUUAGGCAAUGACUCGCUUCAGCCGCGUCGGGCCGCAUCGCUCGGUGUGUAGCAGGCUUAAAUUUUUUGUCCGUGAUCAACUGGCAACCAGUUCAGGGUGCACCCGACCUCUCUUCCAAAGUCAGCUGGGAUUGGCUCCAGUUUACCCGUCACCCUAAGGAGAAGAAAUCAUAAAGAAAACUGAUACAAAGAAGAAAUAUAGACUACAUAUUAGAGUCUCAAUCCCAUUAAAAUGGUUGGUAUCUUGUGAAGUCCAAAUGCGAUGCCCCCGCUUAACCUGACAGCUAAAAAAUAUGCCACCUGCCAGUAGUGUGGCAUAUUGUUGACCACAAACAAAUCCUGGCGUCGCACCAUCCUCUGUCUGCAUAUUGCUGAAUAAUAGUGCGCGACCGUGCGGGAGGUCAGCAAAAAUCAUUCAACCUGUACUGUAUUAUUCACCUUUGACCAAUCAGGACGCGCGCUUUGCCGUUGAGGGGAGAGGCUUAGCUCAUGAGGGUAUAGAAUUAAUUAUGAAAACACAAGCUUCUGGAGCCAAUGAAUCGCCCCAUCAGCAUCGCAGCCUCAGAGUGGGACCCCACAGAAAGGACCUGCAGAAAGUGAUGAGAGGCCAGCAGAAGCUUGCGUCACUUUGGCUUUUGUUGUUGCUCAUUGUCGCGCUGUGUCCAGGUGCGCAUUACACGCACAGUAAGCGUGGCAGCGGUGCACAGAAAGGUGGCAAGAGCAACAAGACCCCCACCUCCAAGGGUCACGGCCUCCCCAAGCAGGACCUGAAGUGGGCGGGGGUGGCGGCGGCCAGGAUGCUGGGGGGCACGGGCCCGGGGAUCCUAGGGAGACCCAAGCUCGGGGGCUCCAGGGGUCACGCUGGCCACAACGCGGCCUCCGCCGAGCGCUACUACGGCCAAGGCCAAACGUUUUCCAACCAGUCGAGGUGGAGGGCUUUUCUGAAGGGCGGGGCGCCUGCUCACAUGAGCAACCUCUUCCUCACGCUAGGACACACGCUCACCUUCCUCACCGGGCUCUGCGUGCGCACGCUUUGA